AUGCGUCUCUCAAUAGCAGCUCUGGCUGCUGGCUGCGCCACGGCCCAUGCCUUCGCGAACACGUCGCCCUUUGUUUUGUUCUCGACCGAGAAAAUCGAGAACACAGUUUCGGAUGAGCUCCAAGCCAACCAGUCGGUCUUGAAGGCCACUGGCGACUUCCUAUCCAGCUGCCCGACGAAGCACUAUCUGCUAGUAUCGCAACCGAACCUCAACAUUGAGCAUCUAAACUCGAAGGCCGCUGCCCCCAAGCUGCAGGCUGCCCUAUCAUCUACACAGGUCCAGGGCCGGAUGAUGGUUUCGGAAAUGAGCGGUGUCGUUGAUCUGCAACAAGUUGCCUCCAGCAUCAGAGAGAACUGUCAGGCAGCCGGCAAGACGCCAUCUAUUGAUUCGAUGGUCUUGGACGCCGUUCCUACCGCUGGCCGUUACCAGGAUGUCGUGGAGAACCUCAUUGACAGUGACAAUGAUGUGGGCGUGGUUCUACAGCAAUAUGAUGCCGCUGGCGACUUUACCGUUAUCUACACCGCGGGUGCUCGCACGGACAGAGCCGAGGAUAAGCACUACGAGGCCGAAUUCAAAGACACCACACACCAGGAGCUGAAGAGACAGGUUGGCUCGGUCAAGCGGGAAAAGGAGGAGAGGGAUACCAGGCCACUGUUUGAGAAGUACCAAUUUUUCACACCUGGCAUCUUUAUGACUCUGGUUGUCCUCCUAAUUCUGUUUUCCAUGUUGGGAGUCGGCAUCAACGCUCUUGGCAGCCUGCAGGUUCCAUACGGUGCUUUUGACAAGGAGAUGGGCCCUGCUGCUCAGAAGAAGCAACAAUAA